AUGGACAACAUCCGUCUACCGACAGCAGCCGGUGGACGGCCAAAAACACCAGCCAGGCCAUUAUAUGCAGCACGUCUACCUCCUCUACGACAUCCUCUAGGUGCUCCAACCAGUCCAAGACAUGAUUCACUUUCAGACGAACAUCCAACGUUACACACGUCAACAUCAGCACCAGUUAUCAGUAUGCCACAAAUUCCUAAAAUACGACCGACUACAGGAAAACCGAGUGGCACUAUGAUUAGUGCCACAUCAACAUUAGGACACAGUUCGAGCAAUGCUAAGCCUUUGCCUGCUAUCGGAGAGCCUAGACGUGAGUUUGCUUGAGUUCGAUUUUAAGCUUGAGCCUGAACUUAAGCCUAAGCUUUAGCCUAGGCCUAAGCCCAAUUUUAAGCUUAAACUUAAGCCAACGAUUAAGUUUAAGCUCAAGCCUAAGCCUAAGCUUUAGCCUAGGCCUAAACCCAAUUUUAAGCUUAAACAUAAGCCAAAGACAAAGAUUAAGCUUAAGCUCAAGCCUAAGUCUGAGCCUAAGCCUAAGCCUAAGGACAAGCCUAAGCCUAAGCCUAAGCCUAAGCCUAAGCCUAAUUCUAAGCCUAAGCCUAAGCCUAAGCCUAAGCCUAAGCCUAAGCCUAAGCCUAAGCCUAAGCCUAAUCCUAAUCCUAAGCCUAAGCUUAAGCCUAAGCCUAAGUUUACUAAGCCUAAGCCUACUAAGCCUAAGCCUACUAAGUCUAAGCUUACUAGCCUAACCUUCCUACGCCUACGAAGCAAACUUAGGCCUAUUUUAGAUCUAUCAAUUCUAAUUUUCAUUCCAGGCUUAGUAACCCCACCUGCAAAACCCACCGCCCCAGCCAAAAUUGCCUUAAAAUGUGCCGUGAUCCUGAUGUUCCUAUCGAUUCCAGUGUUAAUAUUCAUAUUAAUGAUGGUAAUGUCGGGUGGAUUUGAACCAACAACUACAGAAGGUUACUAUGUUGAGAAUUCUACAUCUACAGUAGGCGAAUCAACAUUACGACCAUUAACUGACAAUGGUAACAUUGAAGGACUAAAUAGUGCAGACGCUGCUGCAAAUAGUACUAGCUUUCUAAAUAGUACUAAUUCAGCACUAAAUAGUGCGGGGACUGGUACUCAAAGUGAAAAUAGUGGUACUGAGAGUCAGGUUCAGAAUGCAGUGAAUGGAGCAAAUGGAGCUGGUGGUACGCUGCCAGAAGCUGAAGUAGAAAGUGAUAACCCAGGCACAUCGAAAGAGAACGAUGACAGUAAUGACAGUGAUGACAGCUCAGAGGAAGAUAGUAAUGAAUCUGUAUCAGAAGAUUAA